AUUGUCCGCAUGCAUUUUAUGUUCACAUUGGUAAUUUCCAACCCAUAGUUGAUUUUGAACCACUUUAUAAAAUUUAUCCAUCUUCUCUCUUUUCUCGUGACCGAGCAUUAGUUCUAACAUGGGACAUAGAAACAUACGAUUCGCGUGAGUUAGGUAAUUUCCCACAAGCAGAAAAUGAUACAGCUCAAGUUUUUAUGAUCUGUAUGAUGGUUCACUGGAAAGAUGACCCAAAACCACUAGAACAAAUACGUCUCGUUGAUGUUGAGACGGCACCAGAUCCACGUUGCAUGAUCAUCAUAUGCGGGAAUCAGACCAAUCUCUUAAAGGCAUUUGCUCUAUGUUGGAAAUCUUUGCCCCAGACAUCCAGCUUGGCUUUAACGAUUCUGGAUAUGAUUGGCCAUUUAUAGUGGAGAAGGCUACAAAAUUAAAGGUUCUCGACUGGAUGGUCCAACAAAUGUCAGCAAAUCUGCAUAAGACAGCCAAUAUUCAAUCCAUCCUCAUUUGGAAUUAUUUCAGUGGAACUGAAAAGCCAUUAAGCAGUGGUUUCUUUCAUAGGGACCAAUGGGCGAAGAAAACGGACAGGAACUUCAGAAGAACAGAAGGUCGUGAAUCUAUUAACAUCAAAUUUGGUACCAAUAAUUUGAACUUUGAAUCAUCUUUUCUUAAGCUUCCCGGAUGCGUACCAAUUGACGUUUGCGCGAGUUUGUUGCAACUUUUCCCCCGUUCAGAGAGAAGAUCACUCAAAUACUUCUUAGAAGAUUGUGGUCUCGACAGCAAAGCCGAUUUACCUAUAAGCAAAUUAUGGAAGUACUAUUCAGAAGCGAGGGGUAGGAUUUCAGACUCUUCAACUGAAAAUAUGCACGAAAUAGCUAAUUACUGUACCAUAGACGCCUUACGUUGUCAGGAGCUCGCGGUCAGGCAUAAUAUAAUAAAUGAUUAUAGAGAAGUUGCUUCGAUAGCAUAUAUAACUCUAUUUGAUACACAUUAUUAUGCCAUAAGGACAAAAGUAUCCAACCUCUUGGGUGCUGAAGCAUGGACCCAGGACAUACUAUUCAGCAUGAAAACUUCCGAUCAGAAAGCAUCUGGAAGUUUCCGGGAGCAUAUGUUUUCCCGCCAGUAAAGGGUCUCGAAAAUAAACGUCCUGUCACAGGUUUGGACUUCGCUUCCUUAUACCCUAGCAUAAUUAUGACUUACAACCUCUCACCCGAGAAGAUGGUCUCAACACUUUCGGAAGUAGAUGAGUUAGAAAGAGAAAAUAAAGUACUCCACAAUAUCGAGUUCAAGUAUAAUGGUAAUCCUAUACGAGCCUGGACUAUACGGCAUGGGAAUAAGCCUGAUCAGAAAGGUCUUUUCCCAAAGAUAUUGGAGAGAUUGGGGAGAAUGCGAAAUGAAAUAAAAGCCCAGCUAAAGCCCAUUCAUCAGCAAGUUUUAAACAGGUGUAUAAAGUGUUGA